AUGCCUCCAAAAGCCAAAAAGGGGAAAAAAGAGAAAACUCCCAAAGGACCACCGGAAAAAGUUUAUGAAUUCAUUACCCUCGAUGAAGUGAAGGCCCGGGAGCAAAAAUAUUCUAAUCGCCUAAAUGAUUUGAGGAUAUGUUUGAAUUUCAUUGAUGAGGCCCUCGUACAGGUGGAAAAAUUAAAUGAACUACAAUUGAUUGCCGAUAAAUGGCGAAAUUUUGUGACCUGCAAUCCAUUGCCGAAACCCUAUUUACCACCAGAUUUGCGGAUAUUUUUCACAAAAUUAAACUUUUUCGAAGAAAAAAAUCUAGAGGCCAAUAUCGAUUGGCCUUUGGCGGUGGAUGAUCGCAGUAUUUUAGCUCAAAAUAUAUUUCGUAAAAAUCUGACACGAUCGCAUUUGAGCGAUCAAAUAAAACCGGAGUUUGGUCGGGAAUAUAAUAAUUACAUUAAUGAUUGCCUGGCAGUUAUUCGACGCAUUGAAUAUUUUCUCGAUAAUGAUGUAGAAGUGGCCAAAUGUCCUCUGGCAAAUUUAGAAGAUAUCAAGGAAUUGAAGUUCCGUGUGCAAGAGGAAAUUUUAGAAUUGUUUAAUCGUUAUGCAUAUCGUAUUUUGUGUUCCGAGGAGGCCUACAUGAUGCCUGUCGAUCCCAUUACCAUAGAGUACUGCUUCGCUGGCGAUAAUUUUCAAAUGCAUAUUUGGUCCUUGAAAAAUGUUCCUGUCAGGAUUUCACAUUUGGAUGAACCACGCUUAGUGGCAAAUUUCCACGAAAUCCAACUACAUCUGCAUAUCCCCUCCACCAUGUUAUAUGAAAAUCUGACAAUACGAGCCCUGCACAUGAAUUUCGAUCAUUUGAGUGAAAAAGCCAAAAGCUAUUCCCAAAUCAUCUCCAUCCCUGUGGAUAAUUUAAAUGCCGGUAUUCAGGAUUUGCAUGAAUGUCUCAUCAAUGAAUGGUUAAUGCAAUUGGAUUUACAAACCCGAAUACGGCAAGAACUUCUACAAAAACGUUUGGAUUAUGAAGAACAAAUGCGGCAAUAUGAAGAAGAACAGGCCAAGAAGAAAGGUAAAAAACAACAAGCGGAAGGGGAUGGUAAAAAAUCGAUGAAAUCAAAAAUAACAAAACCCACCAAAGAACCUCCGAUUAUUGGGCCGGAUAUGGUGCCCGACAUUUAUCCUGAUUUCUUGGAGGAGGAACAAAAGCAAUACGAAUCAUUUAUCAAUAUGAUUUAUAAUCCGGAGACUCUUGAUUUGGAUAGUGAUGAGAUAAAUCUGAAAAAGUUCUUCAUAUUGGGCGGUGUCUAUCAAUUGUACUAUGUCCAUAAACCCCAACAUGUGGAUUUGGAUUUUGAUCGCUUCAAUAUGACCUGGCAUUAUAAUGAUGCCAAAUUGAAAAUUGAUCAGGAGCUAUUUAUACCACCCACAUCCCGAUUUAUGGGAAGGCGUACCACACGCCUAAUGAGCCACUUGAGUCUGAGUCGCAUGUCCAAAUUAGAUAGAAAUGUCAAUGAAUCAAAGUCAUCCACUGAUCCCGAAUGCCCUUGGUUUGUGUUGACCUUCAAAUUACCCGAAUAUCUGUGUCACUGGGGAGAACCGCUAGCUUGUCAUUAUGAAACGACAGAAAAAGUUGUCGAGGAAAAGGAAGAAAUCAUUCCCACUACCAUGCCAACAUCACCGAAGAAAUCCAAAGGUCUCAGACGACUACCUUCCAAAGUUUCAUUGUCUGGGAUCCCAACCCAUCCAGUGGUGGAACAUUUUCCCCUCAAUCGUCCCUAUGCCAGCGAGGCAGGGAAUUCCAUGUUCAGACUACGCCGUCUCAGUGCCUCACAACGUUUCUCACAGGGCAACUUUUUCCAAUCCUCCUUGUCUUUGCGCAUUAGCCAGGCCGAUAUACCGCACAAGGCCCGCAGCUCCGAUGGUACCUUAAAUGUUGAUGAUUUCUAUUUAUUUCGGAAUUUGAAUAAAUCACAAGUUCGAAAUUUGGAAAGGCAUUGUGUGCCGCGUAUUAUUUCCUCUUUGAAAUUUCCCAAAGAAUUACAUGAAGAAGAGCUCGAAGCCUUUCGCAAUAAACCCAAAAGCAAAGGUGGAACUUUACUUCGGAAACAUCAUGGAACGCAUGACGAGGAUCUGGUUCAGAAACAAACACUUAAAAAAGUGUUCUCCUACAAUGAUAUGCAAAAUAAUCCGGAAAGUUUGCAUGCCGUUUAUCCCAAAGAAGAAUUGGUACGCAUUGCCAGAUACCUUCCGGAAAACGAUAGUGAGGAGACUGAAGAUCACAAAUCUCCCAAAACUUUUCUUGAAUUGCUGAGGCUAUUCAACACAAUCAAAUCGAAAUAUAAAAGCCGACCUCGCCUAAUUUUGGAUUUGAAAUCUAUCAAAUCGAAAACCAAAUGGCAAAAUAAACGUUUGAAACAAUUUUUCAAAAAAUAUGAUCGUCCUGCACUGCAGACCUCAAUAAGUAUGGAAAGGAAUAUUGGAAGGACGCCUAAACGUGUUGCAACUCCCAAAACUAAAGGUGACAUUUUAAAACCUGAUAUUGAACGCGAUUUACGCCGUGAAACAAGUAAAGUCCAAAUUGUAGAACCAUCCCAAAUCACAGAUCCCCAAGAGAUUUCAGUUUUCGAUGUUAGUUCCGAAUCUCAGUUGAAGGUGGACAAAUUUGGCAAAAAAGAACCAAAGAAAAUCCAAUAUUCUCAUUGGACCACAAAAUAUAUUCUGCAAUCGGAUUAUGAUAAAGAGCAAAGAACGAUGACCAUACAAACUGAUCGGUUGGGUUAUAUUGGUUUUGCCUUUCGGCGCUACGAACAUUUCCCAUUUAAAUAUUGGAGUUUGGAGCCGAGUGAGGAAGAUCCAGAUAAUGAAGUAAUUUUCACACUGGAAACCCAAUAUGUUCGAUGCGUGUUGUACUGCACCCCAAAUGGCAUAAGGGGCCAUGUCACGGAACCAACCCGAAAAUUUGUACGAAAUCCGAAAAUGUAUUUAAUUAUCGAACGGCCAAUGAAGGAUUAUAAAGAAUUUAAGAAAAUGUUUAAGGAAAACUAUUUGAAUAUUUUUGCUGAACAUGAUGCCAGCUAUUAUAUUGAAAAUGGAUACUUUUCCGAAAAACAUUUAGCCACCGAAAUGCACACCUAUUGUUGCAUGGCCAUUCACAGCACUCAAAUGAAAUUUCAAUUUUCGCAAUGGAAUCGUUUGGCCAAGAGAAGGGAUAUAAUUUUGAAGUUUUUACAAUAUAAAGAUUUACCUGAAAAUAUGGUAGAGGUACGCAUUACCCCGGAGGAAGCAUUUUUCGUUGAAAUUACGGAAUUAUGUUCAGAUGAUUUGGAUGUCAUUAAGUUGCAGUAUACCAAUACGUGGCGGAAUAUUGGGACUUAUUCCGAUUUACAUCAUCUGAUCAAUUCCAUGUAUCCCGCAGCAACAGAUUUAAGAUGUAGAAACCCUAAAUUGAUAUCGUGUAUACGUGAUUUACUCAAUGAAAUACGGCCAUUGAGUUUUUCAUAA